AUGGGAGCAGUCCUGGUCCCUCUUAAUCCAUCGUUCAAUUUCAACCAGGUGGCAUCUGCCCUCAGCCAUCUGGAGGCCUCUCACUUGAUCAUAAGUACCGAAGUCAACCUGCCUCGAAAAGACCCUCGGUCGAACAUUCCCUUGCUACAGGAGCUUGUUCCCGAUCUUCAGUCCGUCAAACUCCAGUCUACUGUCAGCUCCCUCAAACAGAUCAUCCUAGUCCAGAACGAUGCCGGUCGAGUUGAUACCUCCGCAUUAAAAUGUAUCACACCGUAUACAUCGAUAUAUUCCGAGCUCCCACAGGAUAUGAAGGCCCUGCCCGACCAGGGACUCUCUCCAACUGAUGUUGUGAAUAUCCAAUUCACCUCGGGGACAACAUCGAUGCCCAAGGCAGCAUGCCUGAGCCACCUAUCGAUAUUAAACAAUGGGGUGCAAAUUGGGGAUAGAAUGUUGCUCACGCCCAAGGAUAUCGUAUGCUGUCCCCCGCCGCUCUUCCACUGCUUCGGAUGUAUCCUUGGAUACAUGGCAACAGCCACUCAUGGAUCAGCCAUAGUUUUCCCAACCGAAUCCUUCAACGCAGUAGCAACGUUGAAAGCUGUGCAGGAAGAGAAGUGCACGGCACUCUAUGGCGUACCGACCAUGUUCAUAGAGGAGCUCGACCUCCUUGCAGACGGUGUCGUACCCUAUGAGGGAUUCCAGUACCUGCGCACUGGCAUUGCAGCCGGCAGCAGCGUGCCAUCUGAACUGAUGAAGAAGCUACACAAGACGCUCAACCUGACUGAGCUGACAAUAUGCUACGGUAUGACGGAGACGAGCCCCGUCUCGACGAUGACUGCAACGGACGACCCGAUUGAGAAGCGGCUGAACACCGUGGGCAAGUUACUUCCACAUGUCGAAGCCAAAGUGGUCAAUCCUCUAGAUUACGAUCAAAUACUCCCUCUGGGCGAGAGGGGUGAGCUGGCUGUCAGCGGAUAUCAUGUCAUGAAGGAAUAUUGGGGGGCACCCGAGAAGACUGCCGCGGUGAUGGUGCCAGACUCUGAAGGGAAGAUAUGGAUGCAUACCGGUGACGAAGCUUCAAUGUCCGCCGACGGAUACAUCACCAUCACCGGGCGUAUCAAGGACCUGAUCAUCCGUGGGGGCGAGAAUAUUCACCCUCUUGAGGUCGAAAACUGCCUUCUCGCUCACCCCAGCGUGUCCAACGUAUCUGUGCUAGGGGUCCCCGACGAGCGCUACGGGGAAGCCGUUGCCGCGUUUGUGGUAACACACGCCGAAGGGGAGGGCAAGGUGACGUCUGCAGAGAUCAAGAGCUGGGUUCGGGGUAAACUGAGCCAUCAUCUAGGGCAAAAAAGCAAGUCGUCCCAACUCGAUGGGAUGGUCGCCGUGUCUGCCCUACCCUGCGAUCAUCCCGCCAAGGCCACCCUGGCAAGGCUUGAUUUUGCUUAUUUGAGGUUAUUCGAUGGUGAUGUCUGUUUGUUUUUCCUUCCUUUGGCUCUUCGCUUCAAGAUUUCUGGCCUCGCGAUAAGCUGGGUUGGGUAUCUUGCUGCAUUGCCAGCACAUGGGCAGAGUCGUUGUUUCAUAACACUCGCACAGCAUAUACCCAGCAUGGAGCUGCGGAUGGCUGAUCCUAUACCCGCGAUUGACUGA